UUGUUUCGAGCUUUGUGGUUGCUGUUGAAUUUUGACUUUGACGUUUUGACUCUGUUGACUUGACUUGACUGUUGUUGAUAUUUAUUAGAACUGAAUUUUGCAGAAUAUUUUUAUUGUUUUUUUAUUAACGAUGGAAUGUAAAGUCGAAAUUAAAAGAGAAGUUGAGGAGUAUGAACAAAAUGAUAUAGAACUUUCCACCUCAAUAGAUCUGGAAGAUUUCAAAAAUGAACCAGGGGAAGAUUACCCAGGGAUGGAAUGUAAAGUUGAAGUUAAGAAAGAAAUUAAAAAGUGUGACCAAAAUGAUAUAGAGCUGCCCACAUCAGUAGAUCUGGAUGAGUUGAAAAAUGAACCAGGGGAAGAUUAUCCAGGUUGCAUCCAAGGGAAGAAUACUCUGAAAAUUACGAAAACAUCUGAACCUUCAUGUCUUAAAAUAACAUGUAGCAGUAGAAACACUGGAGAAACAACAUUAAAUAUAAAUAUGAAACUUCAGACUGACCAAGCACCCUAUAUGUGUCAAAUUUGUUUUAACCAGUUUACUGUAGCAAGUAGUUUAAAAAAACAUUUGAGAGUACACACUAAGUGUGAAAUUUGUUUUAAGCAGUUCCCUGGAGUAAGCAAGUUGAAAACACAUUUGAGAGUGCACACUGGGGAAAAACCUUAUAAGUGUGAAAUUUGUUUAAACCAUUUUAGUGAAAAAAGUACUUUAAACCGACAUUUGAGAUCGCACACUGAAGAUAAACCGUAUAAGUGUACAAUUUGUUAUAAGGACUUUGGUGAGGCACACCUAUUGAAACAACAUGCAAGUACGCAUACUAAAGAAAAAUUUUACAAGUGCGAAAUUUGUUUUAAAGUGUGUUCUCAACUAGGACAUUUGAAAGAACAUAUGAGAUUGCACACUGGAGAAAAACCUUACAAGUGUGAAAUUUGUUUAAAGCCGUUUGCUCAGAAAAGUUCUUUGAAAAGUCAUUCGAAAAUACAUGUUAGAGAAAAACUAUAUGAAUGUGAAAUUUGUUCUAAGCGAUUUAGACGAAAUAAGGAUUUGAAAAACCAUUUGAGAAUACACACUGGCGAAAAACCGUACAAGUGUAAAAUUUGUUUCAAACAAUUUUCUCAUAAAAGUCAAUUGAAAACACAUUUGAACCUCACACACUGAAUUAAAACAAGUGCGUGCUAAAAUUAUUUUUGGUAAUUCCGGGAAGCAUUGAACUACAAAAUUUAAUGAUGGCGUUAAAUAGUGUACCUACAUACAAGACAUUUAAUUUUCGAUUUGAUAUAGGCGACUGAAGGAAGUGAUAAAAUCGGCAACAUUGCUUAGUCCUCUAAGGUUGUUUAAUCGCCGAAUGGCAUGGAGAACGGAGCGACGGAGUUAGAAUCGGCGAGGUGCAGGUGCAUUAGCGUGGGAAGUGGGCCCGUGUGGUUCUCGAAGGUGCGCUGUGUUGCCAUUUAUUGGCUGUAAGUUUCGACUCUAGCGCUCUCUCGCGGUUUGAAACUUAUACUUUUCUGAUAAAAUUGGUGUAUGUGAAAUAUACAAAACGAGAAAAUAUAGAUAUAGAAAAAACUAGAUAUUUAUCUAGAAAAACACAAAUUAUGAACUGAAAUAUUAUUGUAACCUGAUUACUGAACGAAUACACAGAAUUAAUAGUAAAAGUAAUUAUGUUUUUAUUGUAUUCAUUAUAAUUUUAAUAUUUAAUAUAUAAAUUCGUGCGACUGGAUGAC